CCAACCAAGAGGCAUUUUCUCCGACUAUCCCUGUCUUCACCCUCGCUUAGAAGAAUUUAAAGAAAACCCAUCUCGAAAGGUUUUCGUCUUUUGCUUCAUUUAACUUGGUAACCUUGCAUCAGUGAAUGCAUAGUAGCUUUAGUUUCCCCCGGCCUAGUCCUCAGCCAUGGAAAUUGAUCAACCAGCAACUCAAAAGAAGGAUUCGCUUUUCGCCCCUGGUUGGGGCUGGCUUAAGGCUUUGCUUGCGAAAUCCACGAAUAAAGCUGUCAAGGUUGCAAAGACCACAAAGAAGGUCGGACAGGACGACCCAAGACGAGUCAUCCACUCCCUAAAAGUGGGACUGGCUCUCACUCUGGUGUCUUCGGUGUACUAUAUGAGACCUCUCUAUGAAGGUUUUGGGGUUUCAGGAAUGUGGGCUGUGCUGACUGUGGUCGUAGUCUUCGAAUUCAGUGUUGGUGGAACUCUCAGCAAAUGUUUGAAUAGAGGUUUUGCAACAUUGUUUGCUGGUGCUCUGGGGCUUGGAGCUCAACACUUGGCAAGUCUCUUUGGCGAUAAAGGAGAGCCCGUUGUUCUUGGGUUGCUUGUUUUCUUACUAGCUGCAGCAUCAUCAUUCACACGAUUCAUUCCACGGAUCAAGGCAAGAUAUGAUUAUGGGGUCUUGAUUUUUAUAUUGACAUUUAGCUUGGUAUCAGUCUCGGGGUAUCGGAUGGACGAACUCUUAACGUUGGCCCAUCAAAGACUCUCAACAAUAUUAAUAGGUGGAGCAACCUGCAUAAUUAUAUCUCUAUUUGUUUGUCCUGUGUGGGCUGGGGAAGAUCUUCACAAGUUAAUUGCUUCCAAUUUAGAAAAGCUAGCCAACUAUCUAGAAGGUUUUGAAGGUGAAUAUUUUCCGGACUCUGACAGUACUUCUGAAGAAAGUACUGUUACCUCUAAGGUUGAUAAGGCACUUGAUCUUCAAGGAUAUAAAAGUGUCCUCAAUUCUAAAAGCACUGAAGAAUCCUUGGCAAAUUUAGCAAGAUGGGAACCAGGACAUGGCCUUUUUGGCAUGCGUCAUCCAUGGAAACAGUACUUGAAGAUUGGAGCCCUUUCCAGGCAAUGUGCUUACCAUAUUGAAACUCUUAAUGGAUACAUCGACACUGAUAUCCAGGCACCACUGGAAUUCCGAAAUAAAAUUCGGGAAUCAACCACAAAGAUGAGCUCCGAAUCAAGCAAGGCACUAAAAGCAUUAGCAUCAGCAAUCCAAACAAUGACAGACCCUUCGGCUGCUAAUAACCAUGUCGAAAUGUCUAAAACUGCCAUUAAAGAACUCAAAAUUGCACUCAAAGAUGAUUCAGUACUAGAGAAUGUAGACCUCGUAGCAAUUAUACCAAUUGCCUCGGUUACUUCAAUGCUAACAGAAAUCACUAGAUGCGUAGAGAGAAUCUCUGAAUCUGUCCAUGAGCUAGCUUCCCUGGCACAUUUCAAUGGUGUUGAACCCACUGUAUCACCGGAAAAACCACAUCUCCUUCAUCGUGGAAGCAUAAAACCCGUUUUGGACGGUGAUGAUCAUGACCACGUUAUAAUUACAAUCCACGCAACAAACAUGCAGGGUUCAGUACUAGAAAAUCAUGAGAUUCGUCACGAUCAGGCACCAAAAGCUAGCCAAUUACCUGCAACGACGACUUGAGGUGUAAAUAUAUGUAUUUGACACAAUUAUUUCUUUAGCUUGUUGAGUAAAAACUAAGAUCGCUAAUCUAGCUAGUCAUGUUUUCACAUUUAACUUGUUGAGAACUGUAGAAAAAAGCUAGGAAUUAAGAUGAAAUACGAGCAGAUAUUUCCAGCUCUCGAUCAUCAUGUAUUUCAGAUGAUCAUUCUUUUCCAAAGUGCCGCUUAAUUCUCCGAAAGGAGUUUUGCUUCA